UUGACAGAUAAUCUGUAAUCAAAACACUGUAUUGCACUGUAUCAAAUAAACGUGUUCAUCUUGGAAGUAAUGUAUUAAAUAUUAAAUAAACGUGUUUAAUUUGCAAAGAGCAAAUCUAGGGUUCUUAAAAUACUAAUUAUAUAAAUAGCAAAAUUUUUCUCCUACAUAGAUUCAGUUAUAACCUUGCCGUCUAAAUACCUUUUUCUUCGCUAUGUAUUGGCCAAAUGAUAUGUAUCCAAAUGAAAAAUAUAUACCCAAUUUGAGAGACAAUCGCUUUAUGAAUACUCGACCACAUGGUAGUUUUUUAAAUAGGAACGUAUCGUAUAAUAAUAGUAGCCCUUUUGGAAAUCAAUCGUUUAGCGAUGAAUACUGGUGUGAAACAUGUGACAGAGGUUUCAGAACCCAACAAAUUCUUGAAAACCAUAAAAAACAACAUCAGAAAUGCAAUAUAGAUGGCUGUCAGUUCAUAGCACAUCCUAAAGUUAUUAUUAAACAUGUUCAAAUGCAGCAUUCAACAGGUUUAUAUAAAAAGAUUGCAAAGCUCAAUAAUCCAGAAGAAAUUGAACGAUGGAGAGAAGAAAGAAGGAAAAAAUAUCCAACUAAAUCCAAUAUUGAAAAGAAAAAUUCAGAAAUCAAAGAAAAAAUUGAAAGAGGUGAAAAAAUGGGUAUUGGGAGUCGUAAUAAGAAUAAAGAUACCCAACAACAAAUGAAAAGGAAGAGACCAUUUGACAAUCAUACUUCUCGAAAACAUAAUGUUACAAAAACUGACAUUCUCGUGAAAACAACUGAAAAACAGUGUGUUCCAAAAAAGAUUAGCAAAAUUAUUUCUGUCGCUGUUGAAGAAAGAAAAUUGAAACCCUUUCCAGGCCUUCAGCAUCUACUAGAUGAAAGUAAUGAUAAAGAAACAGAACAAGUAUUAGCUCCUGACAUGAUAGAAGAAGAUGAAUUUGUAAUGGAUGACAAUCAUGAAAAUACUUUAACGUCAGAACCUGUGCUAUGUGGCAUCCUUACAUCACUGAUUAAUGAUUAUGGAUCAUCUGAUGAGGAAGAUUCCAAAACUGAUUCUACAGAUCAAGUAGUUAAUAAAUGUAACCAAAAAACACUAAAUAAAAAAUUAAUAGCAGAAGAAAGCACAAUUAAAAAUGAAGAAAGUCAAAAACAUGAUAUUGAUGAAGAUGACAGUGGACCUGAAGAAGUAAAAGUUGUUAAAGUUGACAUAAGUAAUAUAACAACAGUAGAAAAUAUCAAACCCCAAAAACAACCCAAUAGCAAACAAACUCACGCUAAUAAUCAUAGUAAAAAAAUUGUUAAAAAUACAUUCAAGCGAAAAAUUCCUUCAACUCUUCUGGAAAAGCUAUUAAGUAAUGAGAUUCGCCAAGAAAGGAACAUAGUAUUGCAGUGUAUUAGAUAUAUUGUACAAAAUAAUUAUUUUAAUAAAAAAAAUAAAAAAUGAAACUGCCUUCACAUAGGUUUAUUUGUCUACUUGUUAUUGCUAAUCAAAAUACUUUCGUCACAAUGAAUAAAUCAAUAUUUUAAAUCUUA